GGAACAGAGCAACGAGUCUCUCUUCCCAUGUGCCCAGAAACCUUCUGCAGUCAACACAAUGACCACAGCCGUAUAACACCCAGCAAUGAUGUAUUGUUUAGACUGAAGUCAUUGUAACAUGCCUUCUCUACAAGCCAUGCACCUUGUGGUCUGCCUGAUGCUGUUUAUUUCUGGCAAUGUGGCCACUGCAGUGUUUGUCCCUAGAGGGGAGACAGCAGUACUGGAGUGUGACAAGACACCUACAGGAGACCCCAUCAUAAUGAUCACCUGGAAGGUUCAUCAGCUGGAUAAUUCUCAUUGCGUUUAUUCAAACACAGGAAACAAAACGUUUAGUAACUGCAGCAACAGGAUUGAGUUAAACAGCGCCUCCCUCAGGAUAUAUAAUGCUACAGUAACUGAUGAUGGCAACUACACCUGUCAGACUGUAACUGCAGGAGGGACCUUCAUCAACCAUGUCGUUCUACAGGUUAUAGUUGAGCCUUCAGUGACAUUGAUAUUGAACAGGAAUAGCUUACCUGAGUGCCGGGCACAUGGGGGAAAUCCAGCAGCAAAUAUCUCCUGGGUGUCAGAAGCAGUUGGUUCCAUCACUACAAAGACGGCGAUGCAGCCAGAUAGGAACUGGACAGUUACCAGCACAUACACUGCAACCAGCAACAAUGUCACCCAAAUCACUUGUCUUGUGUCUCAUCCAAGUUUUUCACAUCCUCAAAAUCUUUCCAUAUUUAUUUCACCCAAUAAAGGCGAUGCAUAUGUUUUAUUGGUGGUGAUAUUUGCUGUCCUCGUUAUCCUCAUCAUAAUUGGAUUCCUGUUAUUCUGGACAAUGUCUCAAAGAUUCAGGACGUGUCUAAGCAAGGAAAUAAAAAACACAACUGUGACACCACAAGAUAAUGAUAAUGAGCAGAACAAGGAAGAUGUGGAGCCGUACGCCAGCUACACCCAGAAAAUAAACACCAUUUAUAAUUCUGUGUCAGAGAUGUAAAGGGAGCCGGGCAGCAGCCAAAGGAUCUUAUAAUACAAUCACAGACUUUCAUUAUUUAUAACGCUAAAAACUGAUCACUGUGUAUUAUACAAUAGGUUUCUUGGGUUAUUUUUCUGUUGAUUAACUGAAAUGUACAUAGAAGAAUUCAAAAUAACUGGGGAACGAAUGAGUCUGCCAGUCCAACAUCCACUGAAAAUAUUUCCACUAUUUUAUAGCACUUUAUGAAAUUGGAUUUUGCAAAUUGAUCUUUUUAUUUGUGUCCCAUGUUUUGUAUUCCUAAUGCAAAAGAUUAGUGCAACUUGACGCCUUUUAUAACGAAUCCAAAAUGGGAAACUGCAACAAUUAAUAUAAAAGUAAGAGGAUUCAGAAACCUGAAAUUAAAAUAUUUAAUUUUGACCCGA